GCCAUGCUGACCUCUGAGCGGGUGUGAUCACACAAGUGGAGGUCUGCAGGGUGAUGAUGGAGUCACAUUGAUAAAAUCACUCCAAGAUUCAUUAGCAUAGAAACAUGCAGGCCCAGGAGCUGUUGAAGCACCUGCGCGUGCCUGAGCUGACUGAAGUAAGGGAUUACAUCCGCAACCUGUCCACUGGCACUCUGGUGGGCGUGGGGGCCUUUGCAGCCCUUACCACCUUCUGGUACACCACACGGCCCAAAGCCCUCAAACCACCAUGCGACCUGCGCAUGCAGUCCGUCGAGGUGCCGGGAGGAGAGUUGGCGCGACGUUCAGUGCUAGUGGAUGCUGACAAGCUUUUGUCAUUUUACUAUGACGAUGCUACGACGAUGUACGAGGCCUUCACGAGGGGCCUGCGGGAAUCAAAUAAUGGGCCUUGCCUCGGGUUCAGAAAGCCAAAGCAGCCUUAUGAAUGGCUGUCCUAUUCAGAGGUUGCAGAGAGAGCUGAGAACCUGGGCUCCUUCCUGCUGCACAAAGGCCACUCCAAAGACAAAGACCAGUUCAUUGGCAUCUUCUCUCAGAACAGACCCGAGUGGACUAUCUCAGAGUUGGCUUGCUACACAUACUCGCUGGUAUCGGCGCCUCUUUAUGACACACUGGGAAACGAAGCCAUUGAUUACAUCAUUAAUAAAACCGAUACCUCCACAGUGGUGUGUGAUGUGGCAGAGAAGGCCUCUUUGCUGCUGGACUCUGUAGAGGGCAAACCGCACACACUGAAAACACUGAUUCUGAUGGAAGAGUUUGACUCUGAGUUGGUGGCUCGAGGGCAGAAGUGCAACAUAGAGAUUAUCAGUCUCAAGGAUGCAGAGGCUCUUGGUAAAGCACACAGACAGCAGCCGACACCUCCUAAAUCGGAUGACUUGGCUAUUAUUUGCUUUACCAGUGGAACGACAGGAAACCCGAAGGGGGCGAUGCUCACCCACAGAAACAUUUUGUCCAACGUCUCAGCCUUUAUCAAGAUUACAGAGACCAGCUGUCCUCUCACUUCCAGUGACUCACACAUCUCAUACCUUCCUCUAGCACACAUGUUUGAGCGAGUGGUACAGGGUGUGAUGCUGAUUCACGGGGGUCGUAUUGGUUAUUUUCAAGGCGAUAUCCGUGUGCUGAUGAACGAUCUUACAGCUCUGCGGCCUACUGUCUUCCCAGUCGUGCCCCGUUUGCUCAACAGAAUGUUUGAUAAGAUCUUUGGGCAGGCUAACACUCCUUUAAAGAAGUGGAUUCUGGGAUAUGCCUUCAAGAGGAAGGAGGCUGAGAUGAUGAGUGGAAUCAUCAGGCGAAACAGUAUAUGGGACAAACUCAUUUUUAAGAAAGUCCAGGCCAGUGUUGGAGGUAACGUGCGCUUGAUGCUCACCGGUGCUGCUCCAGUCUCUGCUCAUGUACUCUCCUUCCUACGUGCUGCUCUGGGCUGCCAGUUUUAUGAAGGUUAUGGACAAACCGAGUGCACAGCUGGCUGCGCGGUCACGCUGACAGGAGACUGGACAGGAGGCCACGUUGGACCUCCUCUGCCCUGCAACUUGAUCAAGCUAGUGGACGUUGCUGAGAUGAAUUACCUAGCUGUCAAUGGAGAGGGAGAGGUGUGUGUAAAGGGGCCCAGUGUGUUCAAAGGAUACCUUAAAGACCCAGAGAAGACCGAGGAGGCCAUUGAUAAGGAUGGCUGGCUUCACACAGGAGACAUUGGAAGAUGGCUUCCGAACGGCACACUGAAGAUUGUGGACCGUAAAAAGCACAUCUUUAAGUUGGCACAGGGAGAAUACAUCGCCCCGGAAAAGAUCGAAAACAUUUACAUCCAUAGUGAAGCUGUUGUUCAGGCCUUUGUGCAUGGAGACAGCCUACAGGCCUGUUUGGUAGCGAUCAUUGUUCCUGACCCAGACUUCCUGCCUGUUUGGGCCAAUAAGAAAGGAUUUCACGGCUCUUAUGAGGAGCUCUGCAGCAACAAGGAUGUGAAAAAUGCCAUUUUGGAGGACAUCGUUAAAUUGGGCAAAGAAAGUGGACUGAAGUCCUUUGAACAAGUGAAAGACAUCGCCCUGCACGCAGAGAUGUUCUCCAUCCAAAACGGCCUUCUCACCCCAACCCUCAAAGCCAAACGCACUGAGCUCAGGAACCAUUUCAGACAGCAGAUCGACCAGCUCUAUUCCACCAUCAAGAUGUAAAACCAUGAUGGGACACGUUUAAAGGAACGCUGACAAAAUGUUAGCCAGUAGGUGCCAGCUAGCAUCAUCUCAGUCUGCCCCCUACUAGCUUUUCUUAAUCGUUAGCCAGAUGAGUACUUUUGGGUGAAGUUUUCCUUUAAAGAACUGUCCUUCAGAAUGGAGCCGUGCCUUAUCCACACCAGACGUCCACUGCCUUUCACAUGUAUAUAGGAAUGACAAGAAUGGAUCAAGAACUCCAUCAUCUCAACGGUUACCCCACAGGACCUCAUACCUCAGAGCCAACAAACAUUUCAAAUGCACUCAGUUUGAUGCAACAAACAGCAAAGGGAGGCAUUUUAAUUGCUUUUUUUGGAGACUUGGUUAUGCCUUUCACCCAAGAGACUUAAAAUAACCUUGGGCCUUUUGAUAGCUUUUUGAAAUUGCCAGAAUGAUUGCUUGGGUGCUAGAGUAUGCCAGUACUAUGACUUGCCUCCUGUCUGGAGACUUAUUACUGCUGUUACGUUAUACAGAUAGCAUAUGAACAAACAUGAACACUCCAAUUAGCAUAGCCAAUGAUCCAGUGGCUAUCCAUGAUCAGCUGCUGAGCCAAAAAGAUCAGAUAUAAUAAAGUGGGAAAAACUGAAAGGCCACACCCAUUGCUAACGGUUGUAUAAAAUCACUUAAAUGAAAUAAAAUACAUGCUUCCAACUUUGUGGCAUUAGUUUAAGGAAAGUGCUUUCCUGUUCCAGCAUGGACAGGACAGGAUCCAGGAACUGUUGUGGCCUAGUGGUUAAGGUACUGGACUAGUAACGUAAAGGUCCCUGGUUUAAGCCCCACUACUGCCAGGUUGUCACUGUUGGGCCCUUGAGCAAGGCCCUUAACCAUCAAUUGCUCAGACUGUAUACUGUCACAGUACUGUAAGUCGCUUUGGAUAAAUGUCUGCUAAAUGCUGAAAAUGUAAAUGUCAGUAUCCUUGUACACAAAGCGAGGUCAAAAAGUACAUGAUUUAAUGUUUGGUGUGAAGGAACUCCAGUGGCUUGCACCAGACCCAGACUUCAAGGCAGUUCCUGACCUUACAAAUUGCUCUUUUGACUAAAUGGACAGAAGUUCCCACAGACACACUCCUUGUAGAAAGCUGUUCCAGAAGAGUGAAGUUUAUUGCUGCAAAAUAAAAUUGACAUUUAAACUAGUCCUGACCUCAACCCCUUUGAACACUUUUGGGAUAACCGUGAGCCAGGCCUAUUCAUCCAUCAGUUCCAUCAUGCUCUUUUAACCGAAUAAGCAGAAAUUCCCACAUGCACACUCUUUUUUAUAUUCCACUUAUGCAUUUUCCCUUUAUCUCCCAAUCUUGCUUGAUCCAGUUACCCAGUUGUAUCUCCUCCACUGCUGCAGACCCCUAUCCUGAUCAAGGAGGGUUAUACCUCAUGCACGCUGACACCUUUGAACAGCCAGCGGGGCCGCAAUCACAGCCAUAAUGAGAAAUCCUUUCAACCAUUACUACUGCCACACAUAGCCAAUCCAGUCUGUGUAGGCACCUGGUCGGUUGAUACAACAGCUGUGAUUCUAACUUAGAAAUUAGCCGUGGUGGGUGGCUAGUGGCCUCCACAGACACACUCCUUGUACCUAACACAUGCCCCUUCCAACACUCUGCACAGGCACCUUUAAACAGCCAGCAGAGACCGCAAACACAGCCAUAAUGAGAAAUUGCUUCGACCAUUACUACUGCCACACAUAACUGUAGUAUCAACCAACCAGGUGCUUACACAGACUGGAUUGGCUGUGAGUCUACCUUGGAAAUUAGCGGUGGUGGGUGGCUAGUAACCUCCACAGACACACUCCUUGUAUUUCAGAAGAGUGGAGGCUGGUAUAGCUGCAAAAACUCAGAGAGAGGAAGCGAUCGAGAAUUGAGAAUAGAUUAAUUACAUUUUCGAAUUGUAGGAUAGGAGGUGAGUCAAUCAGACAGUACAGUCAUAUUCAGUUAUCCAGGCAGGUUACCAUGACAAUAAGCCAUUAAAUAUUGUGCUUUAUAAUCUCAACAUGUAAACUCUAUGGACAAAAGUAUUGGGACACCUGUUCUUAUUAUUAAAUUCAUGUGUUUCAGCCAUACCAAAUUGCUAACAGGUGUAAUAAAUCAAUUAUAUCAAGGGAAAGUAUAUGCUUUCACCUUUGUAGCAACAGUUUAGGGAAGGCCCUUUCCUGUAUCAGUAUUACUGUACAACUGUGCACAAGACCAACUCCAGUGACCUGCACAGAGCUCUGACCUCCGCCGUACUGAACAGCUUUGGAAUGAACUGAAACAUCAAUACCCAGACUUACAAAUGCUCUUUUGACUGAACUGGCACAAAUUCCCACAGAUAAACUUUUCAGAUGAGUAGCUGCUGUUGUAGCUUAAAAUAUCACAUAGGGGUAACUGAAAUGUGAUGUCCAACAAGCUCAUGGUCAGGUGUCCAAAUGCUUUUGGCCAUAUAGUAUAUCUAGCUAGAUACUAGCCAUGUGUUCAUACACUAUCUAUAGAAACUGAGUGGUGAUUUUAUGUUCUUUUGCUGCUUUAAUUAAAGAAGAACCCUCAGCUUGAAUUCCUAAUGCUAAACCAAAACCUCGCUAUUGUGUCACUGUAAGAAUUUUGCUCAACGUUUCCUAUUUAUAUGGUUUUAUUCAUGCCAAGUAAUGUAGAGUCGAUGUUGAGUUUUAAAGUCGUUUUAUAAGUGCAUGGUGUGCAAAUGGGAUCUCAUGUUAAUGCAGGUAUUUAUAGGAUCGUUGGUAUUUUUAACGUUUCUUGUCUGACUUGAUCAAUUUGAUCUGUAUUUCUUGCCAAAGCCAUUUUAUUGAUCACACAUAGACGAGGUACAGUAAAAUAAUGCAGAAAUAAUGCACAGUUGUCUACAGUAAUGAUUUGUAAAGGCUGUCUGACACCAAAACCUUACUGUCCUAUUGCUAUUCUUUAUUAUGAAGGUUUUUGUUAAAAUCUGAGCAUGUGUAUUAAGUGAGCUUGUCAGCUGUGUUAUUUGAUUCAUGUGUAUGUGUGCUGGGGAGUGGGAAUAUGUUUGAUAAUAUUAAAGGGAAAUGUUAUGAAUUUUAUUGCCUAUAUGGUAAUGCAAGCCAUCAGUGCUGUGUGUAUGUAGUUCUUUGUGUAAAAGAUGUACAUGACUGGAAUUAAGUGUGUAUUAAUGUAUUAAACUCCAACUGACUGCAAAAUAAACAAGG